UUGAAAUUCUACUCUCUUUCUUGGCCCUCAGCACCCACCUCUCUUCUUAUACUGAUUACAUACUAGUGAUGAUCAUUUUAUGUCACCCAGUACCAAUUGUCCAUGUACUAUUUGGAUUCAGUCCAUUCUUUUAUUCAAGGAACUCAGGAGGAAAAGAAUCAGCAAUAAGACUAAUUUACUAAUGAAAUUUUUGCAGUACUGUAUGAUUUAAUUGUAAUUAGAGUUUUCACCUAAUUUAUGGUAUAUAACAAUUGUUGGAUAGAAAAAUAAACCACAUUUUCAUGAAAAUUAAAACGCAUGUUCAUCUAACCAUAUUCAGUUUUGAUAAAAUAUUUAAUUGUUGAAGGACCAAGGAUUGCUAUGGUUAAUUUCCUGCAACUGGAAUAUAGAUUUUAAAUGCUAGGAAAAAAACACAUGAAGUCAACACAUUAUUUAAAAUCUUAUAGAUUUACUUUUUAGUAUUAACUUACUGCUGCUUAUCUGAUUUAUUUUCCCUUUAUCCAUGUUCACCUAUCCAUGUGAAUCACGUUCGAGCUAAGUUGCUGGAAAUAGUAGGAGUGUCCACAAACUGGAGAGACCAUGUGAAAGCAAUGGAGGAACGAAAAUUACUGAGUAGUUUUCUGGCUGAGUCACAAAAAGCACUGCCAUCUAGGAGAAUGAAAGACAGUUAUACCGAAGUUCUCUUGCCUUUGGGCAGUCAGCCUGAAUUGCGAGAGAAAUAUUUGACUGUUCAAAACACCGUAAGGUUUGGCAGGAUUCUUGAGGAUCUUGACAGCUUAGGAGUUCUUAUUUGCUACAAGCACACCAAAAUUCACUCAGCUAAGAUGUCUCCUUUAUCAAUAGUUACAGCCCUGGUGGACAAGAUUGAUAUGUGUAAGAAGAGCUUAAGCCCAGAACAGGACAUCAAGUUCAGUGGCCACGUUAGUUGGGUUGGGAAGACAUCCAUGGAAGUGAAGAUGCAAAUGUUCCAGUUACAUGACAAUGAAUUUUUUCCUGUUUUGAGUGCGACGUUUGUCAUGGUGGCUCGUGAUUCUGAAAAUAAACGGCCAGCAUUUGUAAAUCCACUCAUCCUUGAAAGCCCAGAGGAAGAAGAGCUCUUCAGACAAGGAGAAUUGAACAAAGGGAGAAGGGUUGCCUUCAGCUCCGCAUCGUUACUGAAAAUGGCUCCUACUGCUGAGGAGAGGACAACCAUACAUGACAUGUUUCUUAGCACGCUGGAUCCAAAGACUAUAAGCUUUCGAAGUCGAGUUUUGCCUCCUAAUGGGGUGUGGAUGGAGAGUUCAAAACUGAAGAGCUUGGAUAUUUGCCACCCUCAGGAACGGAACAUUUUCAAUCGGAUCUUUGGUGGCUUCCUUAUGAGAAGAGCGUAUGAACUUGGAUGGGCUACUGCUUGUAACUUUGGUGGUUCCCGACCGUUUAUAGUAGCCGUGGAUGAUAUCAUGUUUCAGAAACCUGUUGAGGUUGGAUCAUUGCUGUUUCUUUCUUCACAGGUUUGCUUUACUCAGGAGAAUUACAUUCAAGUCAGAGUACACAGUGAGGUGGCCUCUCUUCAGGAUAAAGAGCAUAUGACUACCAAUGUUUUUCAUUUCACCUUCAUGUCGGAAAAAGAAGUGCCCUUGGUUUUCCCCAGAACAUAUGGAGAGUCCAUGCUGUAUUUAGAUGGACAGCGCCAUUUCAGCUCCAUGCACUCACUGGAGACCUUGAAAUAAGACUACCACGUGGAGCCCUAGGAAGACCCUGCUUGUUGAAGACCAGUGCCGGGCAGUAACACAGUGCCUGAUGAAGGCCUGAGCAAGUGUAUUGGUUUCAGUGUUUAUUCUUAUCCUCCCUAGAGAAGAAGAAUGUAUUCAGCUUUUAGGAUGAUCAGAAGAGUGGAACGAGAGAAUGGCUGGGUGGGGGCAGAAGGAAAAAGAUUUAUUAAAUAAUAAAUACUUUAAAGACUUUU